GAGCGGGGCGGUGGUGCCGUUGCGCCCGCACAGCCGGUUCAGUUCAGUUUUAAUUGAACGUGCGUGUGUGUCGGUUCGCCGUCGUCGGUUGUUCCGUUCUUUACUCCUCGCUAUUGGUUGCGUGGCCGCGACUGCAUUAUACUUCUCAAAUAAACAAACAAACCAUUUAAACUAAACAACAAGUAAAUUGUUUCAGUGUGCAUUUAAUCUACUCUAAGUAUUGAACACUCGGCGUGUGAGGGUUGUCGCGGGCGGCGUCGGUGGUGGCAUCUUGGUUGUCUGCCUGCACCGCUUGUGCCAUCGUGCGGAUCGCGCUACACGGAUAUUUAAUUUCGUCGGUCACGGGCGAAACCCAACGUAGGUCAAGCCCGAGCAGCGAGUUACUUGUGCCUGCUCUCUUCGAUUUUUGAACUCAAACAAACCCUCAACAUGGAGUGUGGAAUAACGGGCGCAUACGCGAACGGCACAUCGGCGGCUGGUGGGAUCCUCGCCGAUGUGCGCACCGAGCGCUCGCCGUCCAAGGCCGGCCUCCACGUCAACUUCAAGGAGAAGGGCGAAGUUAAGGAAAAGCGCGAGAAGUUCCUCACAGCCAAGUACGGCAACCAUCAGAUGAGCCUAAUUCGCAAGCGGCUUGCUGUUGAGAUGUGGCUCUACGAGGAGCUGAAGAAGCUUUAUGAAACGCAGAAAGUCGACAGCAACGAAGAAGUGGAGGUUGAUAUCGAUGAGUUAUUGGAUAUGGAUAGCGAUGAGGAGCGGCGGAGGCAUUUACACGCGCUGCUCAUCAACGCAAAGAAAUCUCAAAACGAUGUAAAAAAAUUCAUUAAUGAUCUAUUAGAUAAAGCAAAAACACUCUAGGAUCGUACCAAACGAUAAGUGCCAAAGGAAUCAAAUCUACAUCAAAUAUAAGCUUAAACAUAAGCAAGCGAAACCAACAUCCAGCAGGAAGCCAAUAAUCGCUCAGCAACGGGGUGACGCACAGUGCAAUUGUCGUCCAUUGAGCAAACGUAUAAAAUGCGCUUCGCUUUUGUCUCGAAGGCAGAACGCGUGCUGCAUUAGGCCGCACUGAGUUUUAAAUUAACGCAUUUACCGAUCAACACACCCACACACACACACACACAUUUAAUUUAACUAACAAACUAACUAAUUUAAUCGAAACUACAAUCGGGCUAUCUGUAAACACGUGUAAGUAAACACUUUUUUUACUUUUUAAGUUUUGAUAUUAGUGCCCAAGUAUGUAAGUCACAACACAAACAUAACCUAUGAAUAAUCUACGAGUAUGAUAAAAAGUGUAAGAUUUUUUAGCUAGUCUUGUUAUAAAUGUAGAAGUAUCAUAUCUUUGACUGCCUCACGCAAUAUAAUUCAUAUUUAUAUAAUUGACGAGGCUGCGAAACUAUAUAAUGCUAUGAUAUAAAGUGCAGUAUGUAGUGUAUACUAGAAUAAGUGCCAAACGAACGUUUUUGGCAUUUUUGAAAAUCGACUCAACGCGCAAAUCAGGCUCAGAUAUUUAUGUGAUUAUUCAUGUGAGCUUCCCAUUUCUCAAGUUGAAACUAACCUAUAUUAUUCCAUACAUUAUGAAUGUUUAAAUCUUUCAAAUUUUGUUCUCAUGCUAGACAUAACCUCAAACAUUGCUUCAACUUAAAUGUUUCAAUAAGUGAUUAUAGCAUAUCAUAUCUAAGCUAGUGCUUAAAUAAGCACGCACUAAAGCAAUCGUAGUGCUGCAACUUGUUUUUUCUAAGCAAGAAGUUUUGUUUGGUAUAGAACGCGAUCAUUUUAUUUGAUCUCAAUCCCAUUUUUGACAUUUCACUCACAAUCAUUGUGAUGCGUGCGGGAUUUGCAUUUUUGGUAUUCGAAGGGAAAUUUGUGUAUGCGUGUUAAUUAUUUAAGUGAUUAGUAUUUGCCGAGAAAACGAUGACUAAAAUGGAAA